GGUAAUAGUACCCUCUGUUUACAACACUUACCGAGAUACGAGAAUGAUAUUAAAAAUAUGACGGUACCUUCCGAAUAAUAAUAUUGAACUGAAAGUUGAUACUUAAAAGAUGAUUUGUCAUGCAAAUACAGAAAUGACUAUUCUCUAUAAUCAGUGACAUAUUAUUCUAACUGAAAUUGGUCUUCAGAAAUAGAAAAAAGUGCAAGGAUCUAUUCCAGGAUCAAUAUAAUUUGAAGCGGUAUUGUCAAUAGUGAGUCAUAUUGUUGUGAUACUCCACUAACCCCAGUCGAACGUUCUGUGAAGCAUUAAAUUAGGUUGACCAUUAUAAGUGUAGAGGUUAGGUAACAGCUGGUUGAUUUCGUUGUCAUUAUCUAUUGCGUUAAUGAAGACAGUGCAUCUACCCUUAUCAGCAGGAAGAAUAUCUAAAUCCUUAUCUAUUCAGCCAUGACUGUGAGGCUUCCUUGCACGCUUCCAUUAGAUACGGCAUUGGGAGAUUCAUGUUGUACACGGAGCUAUAUGCCCCUUGUUAUAUGCAUGUUUCACUGAAAGGGAUUCAACGGGUAAUUAUAAUAUUCCGUUGUCUUACUCUAGCACUCGUCUUAGCAUCAACAACGGAUCGACACGCUCGAGAGGAUAUUGAUUGUUUCCCAUAAAUAUUGCACAGGACUAUAUUCACUCGUAAAGGGACUUUGCAACGGGUAAUGUAUCAUUCGACUUCCUUUACAUGUCUGGAGGAUAAGACAGUUCCAUCAGCUGCAGGAGAAAAAAUGGCCCAAGGAUGCACUCAGGAUACUUAUGUAGGUUUAAAUGUUGGUGGAAAGAUCUACCAGACGUCUCGCACCACCCUGUUAAGUCACCCAGGCAGCUUCUUCCAUGGUUUGCUAACAGGCAACGUCCCGUCUGCUAAAGAUGACCAAGGAAAUUACUUUAUCGACCAAGAUGGAGAGAUGUUUCGUCAUGUCCUCAAUUUUCUGAGGUACAGGAAGCUAGCCCCACCAGAGAAAAUUGGUGAUUUCCACACGCUUGAAGGAAUGGCUGAUUUCUUUUUGCUCGAGGAACUCAAGGCGUGUAUAAUGGACAUGAAAAGAGCCGAAGGCGUCGGUCUGAAUGUAGGAGGAAAGAUAUACAGGACGUCCUGUGAGACUUUAACCCGUGUCCCCAACAGUUUCUUCCAGGAGAUGCUAAAAAGUGGCCACCCUGUAAAAGAUGACCAAGGAAAUUACCUCAUCGACCAAGACGGUGAUAUAUUUCGCCAUGUCCUCAAUUUCUUGAGGCAUGGAAAACUGGUGCUGCCAGAAGGGUUCAACGAGUAUGAUCUUCUUGAAUGCCAGGCGGAUUUCUUCCAACUCCAAUCGCUCAGGUCGUCUAUUGUGAGGCCAGUGCCAAUCGGCGGGGCAGUGGGUCUAGUGUUCGAUGAUGGGAAGGUAUUCCACACCACAAGAGAAACCUUGAUGCGAGAGGAAACCUCGUUCUUCUCCAAAAUGCUGAGCGGAGAAGGUACCACCGCAAGAGACUUACAGGGGAACUACAUCAUGGAUCGGAGUGGCAGAUUGUUUCAUCAUAUCCUCAGCUACCUCAGACAUGGUCGUAUUCUAAACCCCAUCAAUGCUGAUGAGCUCGAUCUUCUCCAGAAGGAGGCCGCGUAUUUUGAACUCAAAGUGUUCGCAGACCAGGCCAAAAGUGUGCAGAUCCUGCAGGAGAAGAACUCCUCGUUCUUCGUCUUUUACUUUCACAUCAAUUCCCAAGCUUGCUUUGCAUACAUCCCAUCGAAUAGCUGUCCAGUUGGUGUCCGUGUCUGUCUAUCUCAUUUUCAAAACUUGUUUUACAAGACGGCUAAAGUCGUUAGCAACGUUCAAUCUGCGAUGGUAAACGUGAAUGAUAUGGAUUGGAGUUUGAGUAGCGUUGGCAUACAAGAUAUGAAGGCUUACUUAGAAUCUGAAGCACCCGAGCACGCAUACAUAUUCGAGUUUCAACUUAGCUUGAACUGCUUCAAACUUACGGUUAGUGUGUGACGAUGACGUUUCAACACAAAAUGACCAACGAUUCGUAAUUUAAUUUUUGAUAGAGCUACGAGGAAAAGGGGGCUUAUUUUAAGGAAUUAACUUUUGCUUUGUGAUUCAUCAUGAAAAAUAUAUAAAACCCACGAUGUAAAUCAAAAUUUAAGAUUUGUUUGGAUAUAAUUGGUUAAGCUUACAACAAGAACAAAAUAAAAUAAAAUUAACUUUGAAGACUAUCAUAGUAUAUGGCUUUCUUCUAGAUUAAUGGAUAUAAAAGGUCUAAUAAUUUUUGUAUUCUUUAUUUAGAGCUUAAAAUACGUCGGAUCGAAGUCAUCGCUUCACAUACAUACAUGUACAUACAUACACACACACUUACAUACGUACACACACACACACACACAUACGCACUCUUCCGCUUACCCACGCGUGUGUAGCCCAUGGAUAUGUACAUAUAUAUAUAUAUAUAUAUAUAUAUAUUAAGUAUAAACAUUGAAAUACAUGUCUACAGUGUAAAUAGUUAUAGUUUUCAAAAAAGGAAAUGCAAACGAUUUAACUAAUAAUAUAUCAAUUGCUAUCCUUCCUCUAUUUGCAAAGAUUAUUGAAAAAUAAUACAUAUAUACAUUUUUACAGAUGAAUGAUUUUUUAACUAAUGCCUCGAUCGAUCAAUUCGGUUUCAGGAAUAAAUUCUCGACUUCAUUAGCUGUUUCUUUUUUAUGUACUUAUAUUCAAAAUGAACUUGAAAAGGAUAAUUUUUGCAUUGAACUUUUUAUGGAAUUGUCAAAGGCAUUUGAUACUAUUGACAAUCACAUACUGCUAGAUAAACUUGACUCUUGCGGUGUCAGAGGUCUUGCCCUUAAAUGGUUUGAAGAUUAUCUAUCUAACAGAAGUCAAUAGGUGAUGGUCAAUGGUGUCAAAUCCUCAAUACAGUAUCUCAACUGUGGUGUCCCUCGAGGAUCUGUCCCGGGUCCUAUCUUGUUCGUUAUAUAUGUCAAUGAUAUCAAAUCUUCUCUUCUCAGGUUUUCCCUGUUUGCCGACGAUACUUGUGCACUCAAGAGUAGCAGUAAAAUAAAAACACUUAUCUUGUCGGUAAACAGGGAAAUAGCAAAAGUCCAUACCUGGUUCAAAGCAAAUAAAUUAUCUAUGAAUAUAGCAAAAACAAACUAUAUUAUAUUUAGAUCAAGGAACAAGAGAGUGCCCCAUGACCUAUCACAUAUUAUAAUUGAUAUAAAUUGAAGAAUAUACAAUAAUGGAUUGGAGCAUACACAUUUGUAAAUCUUUAUCUAAAUAUGUUGGUAUUCUAUAUAAAUUGAAAUUCAUAUCAUCUUCUAAUGUUUUAAAUAUCCUUUAUAGUAACCUUGUCUUACUACAUCUGAAUUAUUUUAACUAUAUUUGGGGUAAUACAUACAAAUCACGCCUUUUAAAACUAUAAAUGUAUAUCCUACAGAAAAAAUCAAUCCGAUUAAUUACAAAGUCCCAUAUGCAAAGUGCUAGUAAACCCCUUUUCAAAAAUAAGAAUAUUUUACCUCUACUAAUUACUUUAAAUACUAAUCUUUAUGUACUCAGUUAAAAAAUAAGAUUUUUCCAUUGAAAUAUUGCAUUGUGUUUUCACUAAAUUCAAAUGUUCAUUCAUAUGCUACUUGACAAAAAGAUAAUUUCCAUGUUCCGAGAGUGAGAUUUUCUUCUUUUAUAAGUUCACUAGCUUUAGUCGGUAUAAAAUGGAACCUACUCACAAAUUCCUUAUUGAUCAACUGUAUCCCGUUUUAAAAAAUGCGUAGGGCCUACUCAAUGGAAAAUCUAUAAAAUUACCAGGGUUUGUGAGGGUGUAUGUGUGUGUGUAUGUUAAUGUAUUUGCAUUUAUAUCUGCUGAUAAAGUUUGUGUUUUGUUAGUUUUCUGUUUCUAAUUGAAAACUUUGUCAAUGAUAUUGUUUUGGGGGCCAUUCUCUACAAGCAGUUUGCUUUUUAUGGUCCUAGCCAUAUUUUGUACUAUUUAUUGCAUUAUUAUGUACACUGUAUGAUUUGUAUAUACAUAUUUUUAUGGUUGAAUAAAUUCCGUUUUA